GAGAGCCCCGCUGGUGAAAGGUACAAGACGCAGACAGAGGACCAGCCCGCGGAUCAUCGUCACCACAGUCACCACCGUCACCACCGUCGUCACCGUCGUUGCCCCUCAACCUUCACCCACCAUCACGGCCGCUGCUUAAGGGUGCUUGCCAUUUACUUUUGCCCAUCUUCCCUGACGUCAAUUGUCGGGCUCACCCAUCGCUAUGCUCACACGACGUGUUUGUGCCAGCGUGCGCAGCGCUGUCCCCGCAUCCAACGUGGCAGCUGCCAAUUCACGCUCCUUCGCUGCCCUCGCCGCGGUGCAGAGUCCAGCGCGAGCCCCCGCUCUGGCAGAUAUCACCCCUGACGGGGCCUCCAGAUUCAACGAGCGACAGAAAGAGUUCCGCGAGGGCUUGGUGAACGCCCAGAAGAAAAAAGAGCAACAAGAAAAGGAGGCACGCGCACGUGAAGCCCAGGACGGUGGCAAGAAGAAGGGCGCAUUGUCAUCACUCAUCUACGGCACCCCCGAGGGGCGAGAGCUGGACAAGGACAUCGAGAGAAGCUUUUCCCAAGUCCUCGCUCGAGGCAAAUACGUCCAUUCAAUCGUGUUCCACGAUGUCAAGCCCGACAAAGUCGACGAGUAUGUGGAGCUUGUCGGAGGCUGGUACCCGAGGAUGGCCGCCAUGCCUGAGAACAAAGUCCACCUGGUUGGCAGCUGGAGGACUGAAGUAGGCGACUGUGACACGUUUGUCCAUAUUUGGGAAUACCAGCGAUACCAGGGCUAUCACGCUUCGCUGAAUGCGAUCCAGCAUCAUCCCGAAUUCGCCGAGUUCGAUGCCAAGCUGAAGACUCUGAUCAAGUCGAAGCGGACCUCAUUGAUGCAAGAAUUCUCGUUCUGGCCAACUACCCCGCCUCGGCAGUUGGGGGGCCUCUUUGAGCUUCGGUCCUACACACUACACCCAGGGAAUCUACUAGAGUGGGAGACACACUGGAGGCGCGGUCUGAAGGCGCGACGGGAGGUCAUGGAAGGUGUCGGGGCUUGGUUCGUGCAAAUUGGCGAACUCAACACUGUGCACCAUCUGUGGCAGUUUGCGGAUCUCGAGGAGCGGAAAGUUCGCCGAGAGCAGAGUUGGAGUGUUGAGGGUUGGGGCGAGACGGUACACAAGACCGUGCCGCUCAUCCAGCAGAUGAAGAGCAAGAUUCUCAUCCCCUGCCCGUGGAGUCCAGUUGCUUAAGCGUCCUGGACGUGUGGCAAGGUCUCGGCUGCUUUGAAGGAUAUUCCAGAGAAGGAACCCCUGCAAUAACCGACUACAGCAGAUCAGGUGCAUAUGGGAGAAGGCAGAAAGCAGAAGGUAGAAGGCAGAAGGCAUUGUAGAAUAGCAUUAUGAGGUGACGGGACGAACAAGGGAGGGCGCUUCAGCAGUGCCUGGCGUCGGCGUUCGAUACUAGGAAUCGAGCCCAUUCCGCUCGUUUGGUGAAUCCGG